AAAACAGCAGACCAACCAUACGUUGAUAGAUUCUUAAUGGACCGCUACUUUCGAAUUCAAAUCCUUUCAGUAUAAUCGAAAACUGAGUAUCUUGCAUCAUCAUUUAUCACAACAUUUUCAAUACUACGCCACUUAACAGACUGCUUCUUCAUUGUCUCGACACUGUUUGUCUACCGUUAAUCGGAUCCACGUUUUUGGUGGUUAAAUCCUUGUAGACCUGACUGAAGGAACCCAGAACAUACUUUACAAAUGUGAAAUGUCUUUUGUUCGAAGAUUUGGGAAUUCGUUCUAAUCCCAAGGAUCAUUUGUUGUAGCGAUAAUGAUAGGUCUUCGUUUCUCAAAGCGAUUCUUGGCAAGAUUAUGAAGUGUUCUUUCAAGGACGUACUCGAUUUGCUUUGAGUUUUCUUCGCGAUCAAAAAAGAGGACGCUACUCAAUUCAUUCCCUGGUUCCGAAAGUAAGGCUUUAAAACAGCAAGAGGUGAGAGAUUUAAAAUUCUGGAAAAUUCUCUGUUUUCUUACAAGAUUAUACAAAAAUGUCUUUGCGAGUCUGUGCGAAUUGCGCACAAUUAGCUGCCGAGACAUGUGUAAAUCUGUAUGUUUAUUAACCACCGAAGGAUUGUCUUACAUAUUCUAGUGUUCCGCAACUUGAUAUCUUAUAUACUUUAUAAAACUUGCUCAUAAAUAAUAAAAAUGCAUCUAACAGCAAAAAUCUUGGAAUUGUGAACAAAGCGUAAGUUUAGAGAGCGAAAAAUUGUCCUCGUGCUCCUAAUAAUAAUGAAUCCUUUCUGUAAACGGCGCUAGUUGAUAUAUCUUCACUCUUCCUAACAAAAUUUUUCCAGUCAGUAGAGAUGAGAUGUUUCUCAGAUCUCAGCUGUUUAAAUUUUUUCAUUUUCACCUUCAAUAAAAAUGUGAACAUUCUUUCCAAAUCUUCAGCAGAUAUUCUUGUUUAUGUUUGUAUUCGUCUCCUGAUGACAACCACACAAACAGCUGAAACCUUCAUAUUUUUAAAUGAAAGCAACCUUAAAAAAACUUAUAACAAAUCAUACUGAGCUUAAUUUCAUGCGCUAUAGAUGGGCAAGGCUAGAAUCUGCUCCGUUGUGUGUAUUUUAAUUGUUCACAACGAAGGUAAAUUUAUUUGGCUGGAUAUAAAGAAACGAAAGUUGGCUUUUUGAUGAAGUUGCAGACGAUGCUUGUUGUCACGCGGGGAAAUGAAGGUUUUCUCAAACUCAGAGAGGAGAGAUUGUGUUCUGAGACAGUAAGAUGUUGUUUGUCAUAGCUCAUCAGAAAUGUCUGUGUUAUUCAAAAUCUAAUAAAUUUUAAUGCAGCUUGCUGUUUUAAUAUGAAAUUUCAGUUGCAUCUUGCCGAUGAAACGUUUACAACUUCCUCCGAUGACUAUUAUUUAGAUGAAAAGAAAUUUCGAGCCUGCAAAACAGAGAGAGAAAGGAUAUUAGCUUUAGAAUUAAAGUCUGCGACACAGAGGUAACGUUUAAAAAGCAUUUCACUACAACAUUUUCAUCGGCUGCUAAGUCUUCAAAAGCUGUCAGUAUCUACUCUUGCCUUAGCAUCUUGCGCCAUUUUCCUUUGGUGGAAAAAUUGUGGUAGUUUAAUUUCAAAACGAAAUGAAAUCAUCCAUGUUCUAAUAAUCGAAGUUCAGUGAAAAGGUUACACAGAAAAUUAGUAAUUAAAUGCAUUUUUCCAAUCACUCUGUUCGAUUUUUUUCAUCUGGUGUAAAUGAAGAAGCCUUAGGCCUCUCAGGGGUCAUCAGUAGUUCCUGUGCCGUCUAGCACCUUUCAUGUCCAUUAAGUUGUGGUUUGCAAAAAUCACGCAUAUAUUUACCUUUACUUAGAAGCAAAAUUUAGGUUUUGCUCCUGAAUAUGGAAUUGAGAAGAGCCUUUAGGGCACAAAAAACACAUCUGCUUGGAAUUAAAUAGAGAAGUUAGCGGUUGACAAUCCUAAACAUAAGUUGCUAAUUGGAAUUUAAACACUCCAUUACUCUUGGAGUAUACGUGAGAUUUCCGUUAAAACUAUAAUUUGUUGAAGUAAACCUUACUGAAACAGAAUGGUCUUUUGGUGUUCUCCGUUUCUAACAAAGGAAAUUUUACAUUUAAAAUUCAAAUCUUAAACUGUUUAUUCAGAGAAUGUGCCAAAUUUUCCUGAAAUGCAUUUUUUCAUUAGACCACGAUGACUCCGCCACACAAUUAUCGAUAUUGUUUUCAUUAUACAUGUCAUUAGUCUAUAAAAUUUGAAAGAAUACGAUGAGUGCUACGUAGACAAAAUACAAACUGGUUUGUCUUUGAAUUUGCACGCAAAGGUUAUGGGUUCAAAGAAAGUCAACGUUUAAGAAGAUUUAGGCUUUGCUAAAAUGAAGCCAACAACAUUGGGUUAAUUUGAUAUGUCUUAGUUGUUAGAUGCCGAUAUUGACCAUCUUAGUCAUGAGUUUCUCACGGAUGUUGGAAGCGUUUUGUGGCUUGACUUCCUGUGGUAGAAAAUGGCCCCAACUACGAAGUUGUUUAUAGUUGUUUAUCAAGCUAAUUAAAGCAUUCUUUGUGACACCACAUCGUCCCACCCCCAGAUGAUCAUAAUUCAUAGCUCGGCUCCGCCCUCUGAUGAAGCUUUUUUAAAAGUUUACAAAGCCCAUUUGAAACACCAUCUAGUUCUCAAGACUGAUACAAACGAUCUUGCCUCAUCCCACGAUAGUCCUCGGUUUUGAAGAACAAAUCUCUGGGCGCUCCAUUAACCAGAACGUUUUCCGCGAACGAGAAGUUUUGUCAUUGUUUGGGUAGCUAAUGUGAUUGUUAUCUCAUUAUUAUGAACCAAACUCCUCAACCAUUAGCAAAUAUUACGUCUGACUCUCACGAAAGUUGUCCAAGUUUAAUUAAUGCCUCUAUGCAAACGUCUACCUCAGAAUGGCUUUUUCACUUGGACAAAUGCCGAUGAAAUAACCAGCAUUUGGACAUUGCGUCCUAAAUGAUUUUAAAGAGCAAACAAGAAACGUUAUUACCGAAAACCAAUGCUGUAGAUAUAUUCCGGAAAAGGUUGGACAUUCUUCUCCGAUAAUCAUAUAUCCAAAAACUAAGUCUAAGUUUUGUUUUCACUGUGGUUAGUUACAAUCAGAUAAUGUUUUGCAAAACGUUAAUGUUACGAAGAAUAAAAGCGAUUUUUAGCGAACAAUUUUGUGGCCUGCUGACUUGGCAAAGCCAGUUUCUAAAGCAUGGGAUGUUCAUUCUCUCUGUCUACUGACUAAAUAAAAUAUUCAGUGAUUCUUUCACAAAGCUGAUUUGCAAAGCAUCUCCGUGAAAUACUUUGUAUUUCUUUCAAAGAUUAAAUUGAAGACUGGAAUGAUCUGUUUCAGUUUGUAAGAGUCCAUCAAAAUGUAUCCCAGCAAAGAUUUUCUUUUGAACUCCAGAAGUGAUAUCAGGAGUGUAAGGGACUACAGUGUAAUUUCGUAAAAUUAAACAAAGCCGAAAAAGAUGCAAAUAAUAAAAGGAAAUAGUUACAGUCUCGCGGCCGUCUGUGACACUCACUAUGUCUUCUACUAUGAUAACGUUGCACAUGUAAAGGACCUCAAAAUCUCCCAGUUUUUAUCUUACCCAUCAUCACAUCUCGCUUUCACAGAGUCCAAAAGCAUUUAAGAACUCUUUAGAAUUCCGAACAGCAUUGUUUGUUGAAAUAACACGAAAUAAAACCUUGGAGAACGGUCGUCGUGUAAGGAAGUGAAUAUGACAGGUCGACAUUUUGUUCGACUUCUGGAGCUUGUCAGAGCACUUGGACACUAAACACGAAGUUCUCUGUUUAUCAUCACUGCGCUUUUUAAAUCAGACAGGACACUACUAUUACGACAAUCGUUAAUAUAAUACGCGUUUAUUUUUGAACCCGAGAAAACCACUCUUUCGCACUAUUAUGACGGAUUCAAGAUGGAAAUCAUUUUGAACAACCUGAAAAUUCACCAUGGCCACACAGCAAAAACUGCUAGCGCUCUUUGCAGUAAGUUUCUAAACUAAUUUCUUAUUCAUCAAAUGUUUUUUAUUGUAGGGAAGUUAAGUGAUGAGUUUUUAAUAUGUAUAUAGACUAGACACCUUAUGACUCAACGUAAAAAUAUCAAUUAUUACACAACUAUUCUCGAGAUCAUCGAUAACCAACAUCCCAAAUAACCUCUAUAGGUAUUCAACAACCACCUUUGGGUUCCCCGAACAUCAUUUACAAUUUAUAAGUGGCUCUUUACAGAAUAUUUAGGCCGCAAUGCAGAUUCAAUUUCCUGUUAAUUUCCAACAUUUUCCCAUUAAAGAUAAGUAGAAACAAAUGUCUCAAUAGUAACAUAACAGAAUCCUUUCGCUUCGCAAGCCAUUUUUCCCACCAGCCUCGUAUGACGAAGGUGUUACGUUCUUUAGCGGAAUCACUUCGUGUUUCCUGAACACGUCUUCAAUCAUUUCGCGUAAAUGAUCUCAGUUUGGGCUGAACUUAGUUACAACAUGUGGAUAAACACACUUUUCAAUAUUUUUGUGCAGAAAGAUUCGCCAGAUGAAAUUUAUCAUUACGCAACAGAUUGUUGUUUGAGGCUUCCCACGAGCUCCAAUGCCCAUACGUGUUGCGGCCAUCCUGUUCUGGAGCUUCGACGCGGCGGGGAAGAGAGUCUCUGUUUUUCGUCACAAUUCUGUAUCACAAAGCAAAUUACAAAAAAAAGGUACUUAAUCCCAGGCUCAUAACAAAGCGAAAAAAAAUACUUCCAUCACUUUACAUGCGUGGAUUUAAUCACGUUGCCGUUUGUCUACCGCAACUGGAAUUGGUCAAUGGCAUGUUAGCUGAAAUAAAUGAAUUAAAACAACCAAACAAGCUGUUCGCAAUUAGUUCCACUUUUAAUAAAGAAAAGAGCUGGAACCCCAUAGAGAACCACGAUGGUAUUGUAACACAUUUGAAGGAACAUUAUCGCUCAAAUUUGUUGAGAUUCAACGCCAUAAUUUUACCUUCUUGCAAAAUGAACCAUCAAGUCGGAGUGAAAGUAUGUUCAUUGCAUUCUCGAUGUCUUAACCGCUCGUCCGUUGACCGAAGUCAGUUAGUUGUUUAAGUACUUAGGACUGCUAUUAAAUGUAAAGCAAUUAUGUAAUAAUGACCUAAGCAGGAAACUCCACUCGAAAAUUGCAUUUCAGUAUUUCGAGCUCACAGUUAACCUCCUAAUAUUCAAGAUGCUCUUUUGUUAUUUACCUUCGGUGAAGAAUCUAAUCGAUCAGAACUGUUGCUGUCAUUGCUAACAGUGUCGUCGUUGUUGUCUGUUUUGCGGCGUGAUUCCUCAGGAGGCGUAACAAUUUCCUGGCCUUGGCUUUCAUCUUCCAGUUGAUUCUCCAAAUGAUGAAUGUAGCUCAUCGCAAGUUUGAGUGUUUUGAUUUUGGAUAACUUAGUGUCGGAGGGAACAUUGGGUAUGUGUUUCCUCAAAUCAUCAAACGCAGCGUUUAUGUUCUGCGUUCGUCUUCGUUCCUUUCUACUUGUCGCCGUUUUAGGUUUGGCUCUCCUUCUCCGGCAGCCUCCGUUAACAUCUUGCUUGCUUGUGGGAGAACCGCUUUCUUCUUCGAUUUCCGUCUUAAGAACAUCGUGAUCGUCCAUGUUAAAACGUCUCCAAAGUCUUGAUAUUCCACUUACACGGUUUCAACUAUAAAUCUGGCGAAAUCGCUGUCCAAACUCUCCGUACGAUUUGUUUGGGAAUCUCUACGCAGACAGCUGCUGAAUGGGUUAAGCCAAAAUUAUACAACCGAUUCUCAGAGUUUCUAGGUGCUAUUGUUUUCAAACAGCUCUCUGUCGGUGCGAAUCUGUCCCAGAAUCCCACCCGAGUGUUUUCACGUGCGUGAGUGUUGAUCAGUGAAAGCCGUGUGAUAUCUCUCAUCGAUUUCCGUUCUCUUAUCUUCCUUGACCUAAACCUCCACUGACAUGUGUUCAAUUGUUAAUUUCUGCUUACCAGUGUUUAUACUUUCAUUAGCCUUUUGGCGCCACAAUUUAAAGAAGAAGCAAUGUUGCGUGUGGUCGUUGCUCCAAUGUUUCAAAAAUGAGACAUAAAGCUAUGUAAAAACUAAGGAUUUGGCCUCUCCCAAGAAGCGGGAAAAAUCAAUUUUCACUUGCGACAUAGCAGACUUGGCAUGCUAUCAAUUUGCACAUUUUAGGCGUUAAUGCACUGAUAGUUUUGGUACGCACCAUCAGCUGGAAUAUCGAGACAAUCUGUAACAAUUUUGCAUCAUUAUUCCAAAUACCAAGUAAAACAAUAGGAGUUGGUGAUGCGCAGUGCUUAAGAUCCCAGAGCUAAAAAUUGCCUUCAAAGCCACGUUUUGACCAAAAAGUGCUGGCAGCUAACGAAAUUGGUUGUCUCUGGGCAUUCGAUUGGUUAUCAUUUGAAACUCAGGAAAUCUUACAAGAUAAAUCCUGCCCAAGCGAUAAAAACGCCAGCAUUGUUAGCCUUCUGUCUUGUUUUCUGCCUCUCUUGGAGCAAUCUGCUUACGAACUAUACUCGGGCACACUCAUCACAAAUCUAGGGGAGAGCAGAUUUUUUUUCCUAUUUAAAAAUCGAAUUUAUGGGAGCUCAUCUAAUAUCAGCAUUCAGAAAUGUUAAAGAUGACUCUUUUCCGGCUUUCCCAUGCUCGUGGAAUACAAUGUACACCUGAGUAUUCAAAAUAUGAGGAGGAUCCGAUUGAGGAGGCUUUUAAUUCCAGCUUGAAAAAAUAACCGGUCAACCACAACCGAGAAUUAGAGAUAUCCCAAGUGAUAGGUCAAAACAUUAUUAUUUCAGGCCUCUGUACUUCUCAAAGGGCAUAUUUUUUAAUUCCCUGAAGCCGGAUCUUUGCCAAUCAACGCUUCGUGUAGCCGUGAGAAAUAUAUCAAGUAAGUGUCAUUUUCGUGUUCAGAAAACUAGACAGUUGUACUUUUGUCUUUCAGCGCGAGGCUGGUUGAAACAUUUCAGUUUGACAUUAACGUCCAAAUUAAUUCAGCUUUUCCAUCAUCGUGUGAUUUGCAUAACUAAUUGAUUUAACAAUGUGGGAAAUCUUUGACCUUCACUUGAUUAUGUAAUUGCACCGUAGCUAAGUCGUGGGAAUAAAUUGGUUUUGAAAUAUCCUUUGAAACCUCUUAUGAGGUGUUUUAGUCAUUAAGGCUGUGAUAGAAAUUACUUAGAAAUUUAACUCAAAAAACGAAUCUUGCGAAAAGAAAAAGCUGCAGCCUACAGCUAUGCACAGUCUAGUUCAUUUUAGGUUAACUUGAACACACAAAAAGAUACCUUUUCGUCUCUCAGCUUUGACCUACACCUAAUCAUAUGAUGCAGAAGGCAAAAAGUACUUUACUCGCAUUCUUAAAAUGAAUUAUUGAUCUUUUAGCAUCUAGAGAGUCUUAAUAAGUCUGAGUAGUUCUCUGAAUUAAUCUUCAAACUAAUUUGUCUGGUGUAAGGAAGGGAACCUUUGUCUUAAAUAGGCGUACAAUGGGAUUCAGUUCCAGUCGCAUGUCGAAUCAGUAUGAAUUACCAAAAUUUCAAAUGACUCUGUAUUUGGAAAAACUGUGAUACCUUUUUGACCUUCCGUGCCAUCACGUCAAAGAUCUUAGUUUACCCUUUGAGUCAAAGAUACCAGAAUUAAACCAACAAACUGAAUCUUAAAUUUUCCAAGUUAAGUAGUUUUCGUUCGUCUAGGCCUUUCAAACCGACGUGCCCUUCUCUCUCUAAAAACCACAGUCAGUUUAGGGUUCUACAGCUUUUUUUAAUUAUACUAAUUCCGUUCUAUUUAACGGAAGGUCAAAGCCUGGGGCAUGAAACACCUUUACCUCACACACACACACACCUACGGGUUCACCCACAACGUGUGCUGCACGUAUGAAUCAGCGAAAAUUAGAGCUUUUAACCUAUCAAAGACAUUUUUAGCUAUGAGUAAUAAACGUGUCAACAGUUGAGAACUUACGUUUCCCCUAGAAAACCCACAACUCACAUAACAGUGGGUUUUAAGUGACAGGUAACUUAUCUCUUCGCGCUAAAUCUUCCGUGUGCCCCGAGGGUUAGAUUUUUAAGAAUCACGUAUGUGACCAAUUUUGCUUUAAAUGUCUGUCUCUGCAUCGAAGACUUAAAUUUAUGAACAUCGGCAAUUGGAGACAGUCUUUGUAUUUCCAUAUGCAAACGUUUUGAUGGGAUAAAAGAAAUCCUGCCGCAGAGAUUUUCGAGUCCAUGACGGUUUCUUACGAACCAUGUAGUUGUACUUUCCUUCAAUUUAUCAUUGACUAUCAACAAUAUUAAGUAAUAUCACAAGUAAUAAAAACACGCGUAAGAUAUCUUAUCUGAUUCAAAACCAAAUGGGAAGGCAUUUGUUGAAGUAACCAGUGUAGUCGUAGUUGGUUUUUUAAAUGUAAUAUGGCACCAAAAUUAUCAGUCACGGCGCAAACGCUGUAAGCUAAACUACCUAAUGUAGUAGUUUAUUAAAGAACAUACAGUAUUGUUGCAGUACUAACAACGAUUUCUAUGCGAAGGUAUGAAAUCAAGCCAUGUACGAUUUCUAUAUAUCUUCAUGAAAAUACAAUCACAAGGUUUUGAUAAUUUUGUUGUGUAAGAGUCUGUUAAUAGUCCCAUUCAGACGGUAUUGGCGCUGCGGUAUAUUCAAUUUGCCUUAUUCUGAAACGUAUAUUGGAGAAAACAAAUUGCUAAUUAAGAAUGGUCAGUACCGCAAAUGAAAGAAGCAUUUCUAUCAUCUACUGCUUAGUAAAGUUUUGUCGUACUUGGUAGUGUCAUUCUCCUUCAUCCGAACAGGGGAAAAAAAUCGCCUAUGUGAGCUUCCUUACGCUAACUAUCUAUAUAUCAAUAACAAUAAAAUCCCUCUAGUAAACAUGGUAAUUAUCCUACUUACACAGUGCGAUGAAAGCCGAGUUUGGAGGUUAGAAUAGCAUUACUAGGACUGAAGGCAUGUGAACAGAAUUGAUCCUGAACUCUGCUCGAAAAUCAAACGAGGAAAGUAACCGUCUGAUUGGAGAGCUCUUAGUCCUCGCUUCACAUUGUAACAGGCCAGCUAAUCAGCCUUCCCUGCAAAGAAAACGUUAUUGUUUCGCGCUACAGUAUUUCAACACAACUUACUUUUCAAAAGCCGGUUGUGACUCUUUGACCUGCCAAAAGUGUCUUCCAAAUCUAAUUUUCUAGGCAGUUUAGCAAGAAUUGCAAAUCCUCUCGCUCGAGGUUUAACUGAAAAUACCAAUUCUAAUAUUUCUUGGAAAUUCUCGCAGAAAAGGAACAAUGUGUUUUGUUUACCAAACUUAGUUAAUUAUAAGCUCAAAAUGUUCUUAAGAGCCGUUUGAAAUGGCAGAGUAUCGUGUCUUCGUCAGUCUCCAUGCAGACAACUCAGUCGGCUUAUGAGGGCGUCGAAUAUGUCGCUUUAGACUUAAAUCCCAAAUUCACAUAUCUUUAGGUUCCGUUUUACCAUGACUAGACGUGCCCUUAGCUAAAAUUACGGCGUGAGAAAUAGCGACAGAGUCGUUAAAAUUCCGUAUAAUUUUAGCCAACUGUGGGACGUUUGUUGGUUGAAUUUAGAGCUAUUCAGGCAAGUAGUCUCAUACUAAAAUUAAUUCUGUGAACAGACUUAAGGUACAACUCUGGUUUCUUUUUUUUUUACACUCCAGUUUUACUUAUUUGAUUACAUUGAAUUACACGCUUAACAUCCUGAUUGAUCAGUAACCGAUAGAAUUGUUUGGUUAUCGUCAAAAUACAAUCUUCUUUACUGAAACUGCAACUUAGAUAUCUUGGAAAACGCACGGUACAGUGGCUACGAAGACAUCUCAUUUUUUGUCUAGACGGCUUGGGUUUGAAACUACGAAUAACUCGAGCGAGCGUCUUUACUAAGCAAUACUAAGGUUAACACGCGGAAAAUUUUACUAUUUCACUCGUGUCUAAAAACUUCAAAUGAGUUCGUCACUUUUAAAACUUCGAGAGCUAUUUAGGAAUAUUCAACAGAUUUGGUUCAUACAUGGGUGCCUUGGACCUCAGCCAAGUAGAAUAUCUCUAAAGAAAGUCAUCAGCAUUUUUUCGAUAUACGAUGUAACUCGCUUGAUAAGGCUAUGGCAAACUUUUUAAAAUACUUAUUGCGUUUACUACAGAGCAUUGACAGCAUGGCAACGGAACAACAGCCAUCGUCUCAAUCAAUUUAGAAUUCAGUUUCGCCAUGGAGCCAAUCAUGGUUCAAGAACUGAGCGAUGGGUUAAUACAUUAUCUAUGCAAAGCAUUUCGCAAAUAAUAGGAUUGUACCGUCGGCUUUUUGGUUCUCAAGUACAGUUGGACUGAUGUUCUCUCUUACAGGAUCUUCCUUCUUUUCAGUGCUUUGGAACAAAAAUUUUUGGGUUGCCAUGACAUUGUCUGACUGGAGUAGAUGACAUCAUCUCUACGUUUUAUUGAUCCUCUUGACAGAAAGGAAUUCUUACUUAUUUGAAAAACGAAAAAAAAAGUUAUUUGACGUUUUGUAAACCCCAAAUUCUCAGUAAUACGACUUCAUUUUACCUUCACUCGGCAUAUCGUGUUCAAGUGAAUAUUUUGAAUGUUUCUGAUAGUGCCUAAAUUUUAGUCAUGCAAGAUUACUUUGCAUUCAUCGCGGGGAAAGAUAUAUUUUCUAUUAAUCUUCUCUCCCAACGCGAAAAGGGGAUAACUAAGAGGUAUAAGAAAGACUUAAAAAAAUAGUCAAAAUAUUUUCAGCUGUGUAGCUUUUACGCAUAUCGCAAAUAAAUCGCGAUUUCUAGUAUUUAUCGUUCGAGAGGUAGACGGUUAUAAUGGGAUUAGGGCCAACAGUUUCCGUCUGAUAGGAAACUCACGCGACAUAAAAAAGCAAAACAGAACUGCUCUACAUGUCUUGGGUGUUAAAUUUAAACAAUCCAUUAUCGAGAUUAGACAGUUGAAAGGUUGUAAGACAAUUUUGGGGUGUUAUUUCGCCGCUUUCGCUCUUUGUCGUGAGUUUGAUUUUGUGGAGAGUUCAAGUUGGUGUAUCACCCUGGCUUUCCCCCAUCUUAAAUACUUGACAUAAAGCUCCUUAUCUCACUGAAAGAUGGCUUUUACACAAAACAAUCAACAGUGAAAUUCUAGUGUACAUAGCAGGCAGUUCGAGUGCAUCUUUACGGCAUAACCUGCAAAGGUUUUUUUCGUUGUCAUUUCCGGAAUUUACACCUUAACGGUAAGUUUCUGUUGUAGUUUUAAAUCCCAGAGAGCUAAUACUAAUCCAUUUGUGGCUUUCGAAAACGAAUAUAUCAUUCUGCGCGUAGACUAUGUCAUUGUUAGGUGUUAUCUUCGCAGAUAAAGCUCUAAGUGCAAUUAUAACACUCUUCGUCGUGCCAAACGAAGUCACACGUAGCAUGAAUGCGACAGGACAAAAUUGAAUUUACAAACUAGCCUGAUCUGCACCACUAAAGUUAGAACAGUUUAAUGAUGUUGCUAGAACGAUAGUUUGUUAACAGUUUCAGUUGACAAAUAGGUUUAAUUUGUUCAGGGAAUAAUUAAAAAGUAAUUUAAAUGUUUACUUUCUUUCCAGCGCUCCACUAAAUAGCCACAGAUGUAGAGCAACUCCAAGAAUUAUGAACCUUAAGUGGGAACUGUAAUGAACACCAGUCUGAAGACUCUUAAGCUUAGAGCUAAGAACGGUCUUUUGUGGAGCUGUUAAAGUGAUUAUAACGUGCCAUUCUUAAUGUUUGACCUUUUGACAGAUUAGACGUUUUAAGUCGUUUUAAGUAUUUUCAAGAAGACGAGGAGAUAGUCUAAGACUGCCACUGAGUGCAAAGUUAAAAGAGAUAACAGAAGGCAAAGGUCUAACUUUAUCAACCUGAUAAUUUGUUAUCUAAAAAUUCAUUUACUCCUAAACCGAAGUUUUUUGUCAUUUUUAUCAAAUAAUAAGCAUUCUUGAAGUACUUCGUGGGCGUAAAUAAUCACAAACAUAUGUUCACUGAUGUGUUUUAAAUGAUGGUUUGUGGAAGCUAUUGAUGAUAUUGAAUAAACUAUAAAGCACAUUGAAGUGAGUGAGAAAAUCUAAUCAACGAAAAUUAAAGAAACAUUUACGCUGUGCGGUCCUACAAUUUCAUCAAACCGAUAAGAUUUCAAAAUGGCUAAUCUGUUCCUCGGGCGUGUGUGUUCUAACGGAAAGUUCGCCAUUUAACUUGUUUCUGAAACAGUUUCGCUGGGUUCCACGAGUUUAUACAAGGAAAUUUUACUUUAGUAAGUUUUACUAUAACUUGUUAUCGAUCUGAGAAACAACUGAUUAGUUUAAACGUUUUAAAACUUUCAUCAAAGUAUUUUCACCGCACACAGAAAAAAGUCCUCAUCACGAAAAGCAUUCUCAAGUAAUUUCUUAAUGAAUAAAGCCUUAGUUUUAUUAAGCAUUGUUUCCUUUUCGUAUUUAAGUGCAGUUCUUUCGGAAUCACUCAGCAGAAGGAUGAAAAAAUAAAAGUAAACACUUCCCUUCGUGGUUAUUUUACGCGGACUGAAUUGCAGCUACAAAUUACUACAACUGGUUUAACUUCAAUCAAAACAACUGCACGUUUAAAUUUCUAGAGGAAACUUGAAAAAAAAACCUAUAUUUGGAAUAUUUUUGUACAGAAGAUCUGUUUGUCAUGAACAAAUCGCAUAUUCACGUGAAAAUAUCUACGUUCAUGGACAAAAACCUGUCUAUUUGUUAUUCCAAGAGAUCUUAUUUUUCUACGAAGUUGUUUGAAUUUCAAGUUUUCCCCCCAAUUUUUACUUUUAAUAAACGGAUAAAACUGUCAGCAAAACACUGAGGAAAAUUUCUCACGAGAGUUUACUUAAAUCUCAAGGGGAAACAGACCUCAUAAGAAACACGUGAAUUUCUGAGAAAGAGACCUUUCUUCUUUAAGGGAAGCAGAUAUCCCGUUACUCAGAUUAAGGAAUCUAUUAUUUUGAAAGGGCUCUUGAAAGACAAAGUAAUCCACAAAAUAAAUUAUUAAUGCGUACUCUAGACAUAAUUGAAUAAAGCAAGGUCGAAACCCUCCGCGGAAGAGCAAGACCUUCCACUUCUGAUGAGCUUCAUGGUGAGGAGGCAACUUUUGGCAGGGUUUUUUGUCGUGACUUCUACGAAUCUCUCGAGAAACAAACACUUGCGUUAAUUGCCUUUUUCUUAUUUGUUACAUCAGUUAUGUCGAAGAUUCAUUGUACUUAUUAUUCAUCACACUCCUGACACAUCUAUUAUCCUUGAAAUAGGGAGUUUGAGGAAAGUAUUGUUCCUUUACUCAGUAAAUUCACUCGCAAUGUGAGAGAUCGGAAAUUCUGGAAAUUCCUCUUGAUUUUCUUAGAAAAUAAUUCAAUUAAACAAACAAGCAAUGUGUGAACGGGAAAUUUUAGUUAGUUAUAAAAAAAUGCCAAUUAAUGUAAGAGAAUAUUUUAAAAACCGACUUAGACUUUGUUCGCUUCUGAUCCUUAUUACUUCAAGAGACGUCACCAUUUUUGGAGGACAUGUCUUACGGUUUUCUACAGUGUAGUCUCGUUCAGUUCAUGAAUGACCGUUUACCAAGAAGUUAAAAUAAUCAUUUUAAAAAGAAAAAGAAAUUGAUAUACCUAUUAGUUUGCGACAUGGGAGUGAUCAUCAAUUCCUAACUGAUUGGUGACUUGGUAAAUUUGAAAUUAUUUCUGUUUAUAGUUAGAAAUAAGUUACUGAGGUACACUGAUCCUGGUUCGUGAAGAAAUCUCACGAAAUCGAGGAAAGCAAACUCCAUAGAACUACUUUUCCCGAAAUGAGAAGGGAGAAAAGAAAAACGUGUUUGCAAUGGUCUCGAGUUAGUUCAGUUUUGUAAAUUUUACAGAAAUACAACUCAUUUUUAUUUUUGUUCGAGGAACAUUUUCAUGAAUGUAUUCAAAAAACGCGAGUGUUCGUAAGUACUAAGAAAUAAUCUGGAUCGAAGACUGUAGAUCGAUUUCAAAUUGACUGGUCUAUUAACGGUUUUCUUUACCUUGACUAACGUAUAAUGCGGUCAUUUCAGUCGCAGGAAGAACUUGUCUUUAGCAGGCAAACGAACUUAAGUGCACGGGUAACAAAAUUAUCCAGUGCAGUGUCGUGAAUACAUCCACUCAUGUUUUUUCGAGUUCCUUGAUGUAAUCGGCGUUCUGGUUAGGUUUCAUUAACUCAUACCGGCGAACCAAGUUCAGGUGAUACACUUGAUCGAAUUUUCCGAGUCGGUGUCUUGUGAAAUAGUUAGAGCAAUGUAAAAAUUUGCAAAAAAAGAUUUUUGAAAAGACGGUUACGUUUUUAUAGGAUUCGAUAGGGAUUUAAUCCUUUACAGCAAAAGCUGUCUCUCUCUCUUGAUCGCCCUUUAACGAGUGAAAUGUUUUGUCAAAAACUCCUCCGCUUUGCAGCAAAAGCCUACUCUUGAUUACUCUUUUAUGAAUGAAACGUUUUUUUAAAAUUCCUCUGCGCAUUACGUUUUGGCCGCACGUAGUUUUCCUUUGGCGCUCAUGUCCUGUUUGCCUCUAGAAUAUUUUACAGCACUGCUUUAACCAGGCGGCUGGUUCGUUUCACAUACUGACUCUUUGCCUUCAGCAGCGGGAGAAAAGAGAAAAACGUCAUUUCUCGGCUUUAACCCUCUUGCAUAUCAGUUGAGAUUUCUAGAGCACGGGCGAGGCAGCUAAAACCAUGUUCUAAAUAAGAAAUCCGGCUCAUUUUCAACCACAAACCGCAAAAUUUCUUAAUACUUCUUGGAUUUAGGUUCAAACGCCGAUGUGCGAGAGAAAAACGUGUUCUUGUAAGUUACGAAGAUUGAAGAAGCAUAUGUGACGUAAAUUAAGAGCCAUGUAUCGUAAAUUUUAGCGCCAAAACCUCAGCUUUCUAUAAUAUGUACGUUAGUAUAUGACAAACCUUCAAAGUCUAUUGUUUAUGAGGGCAAUUUUCUGUUUAAUUGUAUAUUACAUUUUGAUAGCUAUUUAACGAGAAAUUUCUGUGACGCGCUUCGAGUAAAAACAGUAAGUAAUUUUAUAAAUAUUCACAACUUCGAGUAAAAUAACAAUAAAUAAGCUUAAAGUGUUUUCGUUCCACCCACUUACUCACUGAUGUACCUUGAAGUUAACAAACUACUUUAAGUGUUUAAAAAUCAACCAAAGAUUUUCAUCUAUGUUAAAUAUAAACUACACAAGAGAUCUGUUGAAUUAUGAUAAUAGGUCUAUGUAGCAACGUUUUUUACAAGGGUCAUCAAGUACGUUUAAAAAAUAGAGGUUGUCUCUAUAUUAUAGGUGAAAUUUCGCUGAGAAAUGAUUCACGUUUUAAAGAAUAAGCGAGAUAUUAUUUCACAUUGGUCGCUCGCGAUGCUCAAGUGCCAUAGCUGUUGAUUAUCUUUGCUGCAAAACAAAACUAUCCGCAAUAACAAACUAAUCCCAUAAAUGUUUAUUACUUUACACUAUACUCUCGAGUGUUCCCAUGCGCAUCUAGCGCCUUCGCCAUCUCCGUCAAAAAAGCUUAAAAUUUCACUCACCGAUCGAUUAAAAACUAUAUUGCGAAUUUAAUUGUUCAACCAUUGAAGAUUUAGCCAUCUCCCCUCACACCUUUAUUUGGACGCUUCGUAUGUUGCUUUGCAUGUACACGUCGUAAUAAAGCAAUGUUCGCUAGAUCAGUGAAUUUAAGAGCCAACAUCUAACUUGUAAAAUUGAAACGACGAAAUUACGGUAGAACAAUAAGAUGAAGUGUCUCAUGAUAGCGUCCCGCAGACAACAGGCGAAGGUUCGGAAAUAGAUGUGAUGCAUUCAAUUGUGGCUGAUCCAAGAGUACGUGUGAGUCGUGAUUUCGCAAGUGCGACCCAUACCGUCAACGUUUAAAAAUCUGUUUCUCUUUCCUGGGACUCACGUCCGCAUUUUGCGCCCGGAGGUAUUAGGAAUUAAGCAGGUUCGGAGUGGCAGAGUAUCUUAGUUCCUCAGCUCCAUUGCCCAUACAUACUGCGGCCAUCCUGUUCGACCUCUCUUUCUCUGAGUAGAAUCAUUUUGGCUGGCAAGCUGUUGAAUAAAGAACAUCGAAUAAAGCACCAACAUGCGAAGGGAACUGCAUAUCGUAGGCUACGCAAAUGUUAGUUACCAAACAAAGAUAAUUUUACUUACAUUAUUUUCUCUUUUUCUCUUCUCUCGGCCCUCAUUUUGAAACGAUAAAUCCGCUACAAAGUUGCGAUGACUUCGGCUCGUCUUCCCCUCAUUGCUCUCCUCGAGAAUUUCCAUCAGAAACUUGAUGUAGCUAAUGGCAAGCCUGAGUGUUUUGAUUUUCGAAAGCUUCGUGUCUGGGGGGACGUUUGGGAUAUGAUCCCGAAGCUCAGCAAAUGCUGUGUUCAUUGUAAGAGUGCGUUUUCUUUCUUUACGAUUUGCGGAGCCGCGAGGAAACUCAGAGCUGCCUGUGUCGGGAGCUGACGAACUCGGUUGAUCACACGACUCGCUCUUUGACUUCUCUUCUUUCAAGGGUUGCUCCAUUUUACGAUGAAAAUGAUAGCUCUUCUGGUAAGGAACGGUUCUGCAAUCAAUAGAUACUUCGCGAGGACUUUGAAACCUCUUCCACAGUGAACAAAUAGCUACGGAUUUCGCAGCUGCGAAACGCAACCCAACUGCGUCUCAAACUAGAUGACGGAAGUUUAUCAACGCAUUACCUAACACUUAUCAUCCAAUUACAGAGCUUUAAAAACGUGGAAUUACAGAUAACCACGGUCUGUUUGAAAAAACUUAAUAGGGAUCACACCUGUUAACUGAGAAAUUUCCAUAACAUUUUGACUUAAGUUCAAGUAAAUACGAACAUCUCAAGUGUUAUUCGCUUUUUCCAAAUAAACACAUGAACAUUAAUUGACGUGUUUACUUGCUUGUCUACUGAUAAAUCGUAACGCCCCGUAAUCAAUGUCGAGCGAUGUCAAACAAAACUACACCAAGCUAAUUUUGCAUGUAAUAUCUAGAAAACUUACAUUAAAAUACGCCGCCUCAGAGGUUUUCUUUGGUGAGGAUUAGGCAACUUUUCACGAAAACUACAUUAGGGCACAAUAGAGUUAUGCGUGGAAAACGUCAAAUCACACCUCCAUUUUUAAUGUCAUUAAUGACCGAUUCUAAUUUUCCUUUGUAUUCUCCUGAAAAAUCACAGCACAACGACAUUUUGCUAAACUCUGUGCGGAAUAUCUUCUCGAAGGUUUCUUUUUUCACCAUAAACAUAACACUACGGCAAUAUUAAGAUUCUUCAAAACAAUUCACAAUGUUUUCAUUUCAUCAAUGACCCGUAGGUGCUUGUCGGCGCAAUCCCAUGAUAUACAGCGAAACGAAUUCUCACAACUGCGCUUUGAUACAUGUCAAUCACUCUCGAAAUAAUACCGGAAACAGUUAUGGUUUCCGGUUUGGGGAUAAACUCAAAGUUAUUUAUAAGUCAAUUACGGAACAUGGCUGGGAUCCAGAAUUUAAAGUCAAGGUGAAUAAUUACUGGACGCUGAGAAACGGAAAAAAGGAGCCAAAAUGAAGGUAUUGAAAGUCAAGUUAAAUACAAACAGGAGAACACCCUUGAAAAAACUCCCAUACUUGAGUUCAGAUUUGAAUUUGAACUAUAAUGAAUUAGCGUCAAGAUUUUUUUCUAAUUAUUAUUACUCGCACGUGUUUGAGGUUUGUUGGGGUUGAUUUCGUCGCAAAAAAAAACCUUUUAGCUGAAAUGGUUACAUGAAAUAUUUUUUUAUUUUCGUUUUUGUAACCAAAUUCUAGUCGUUUGAAGAAGUUAAAAGAAUUUCUCACCCGGCUCACAUGACUCGCAUUUGUCAGAUUUUUGAGUGGGCAGGGAAUAAAUAUAGAUCAGAAAAAAGAUUAAUGUCGUUUUACUCUAUAGCUUCGUUUAGCACAAAGUUUGGCCAAAGUCCAAUGCGGUUUUUGCGUGACAGACAUAUUGGGGACACCAGCAUGGACAAACCAUAGCUUACAUUCAUUAGACUUGCUCUCAUUCUUUGGAACGGAAGGGUAAAAAUAAAUCAUUUCAAAUAAAUCUUCUUAACAUGAUAGAAUAUCAGAUGAUAUAAUGAAUUAAAGACAAAAAUAUUAAUUUUAUUUUCCAUCACCACUUUAUUAGUAGACUGGACUCUAGUAACAAUUACUUCCCGCCAAACUUAGUAGCCAAGCUUUUCUGUUGUUCUCGAGUGCGCCUGGUAAUUUUCAUCGCCAGUAUGUUGGAGCCACUUUUAGAGGUUUUAUCCGCUCAAAGAGUCAUUCUAGCGAGUAGUUCGCCGAGGAGAUGCGAGAUCCUGCGAAAAAUUGUAAAAGUUUGAGUAUUCUUGCAAGGUUUAGAUAUAUUUUUGUUGUAGUGAGCGAUAAAUUCCUCAUAGAUUUUCCUAUUCGAAAUUCAGGGCUUGAAGUUUGAAGUUAUUCCAUCCAGAUUUGAGGAAACACUUGACAAAACCGCUUUUAAGUAUCCUUUUGAAUAUGUCUUGGAGAAUUCGAGACAAAAAGCACUAGAGGUGGCUGGGCGAGUCAAUAAGGUAAGUGCCUUAAAUGUAAUAUUUUGGCUCUACUGGAGGUCACUGGAGAAGAACUUUUAAGAUAUCCUAUGUCGAUCCAUAAUAAGGUCAAUCUUUUAAUUAAUUUCUUAAUCAUUGAUUUUAGUGAUUUUUACCAGACCCUUCCCAUGCAAUUUAGCUGGGGAUAAAAAAAAGUAACACUAUAAAGUUACUAAGAAAUUCUUGUUAUUCAAUUCAUUUGCAGUAGUGAGUUUCAUUUUCAGCAAAACUGCUCUGUUGAUAAAACAAUUGACUCCUGUGUGAUUUGUGUGUUUUUCGAGAUAAAAAACACUGCAGAGGUACCCAGGAAGCUAGAGUUGCUCUUGGCUAUCCCUUAACCCUUUACACCCUAAUGUCAGUAUGCAUAUUCUCCUUACUGCUCUUUAUAUAUUUCCUAAUGUACCAGAAAGGAGAAUUUGCUUCACAAUCAAGAGCUUCUCUAGUUGGUGAUCAUGCAUUUUCUUUAUACUCUUGACUUUAAGCUGUGAUUUUGGGGCGACAUUUUAUGGAGAAACUUGAUGCUUGUCUAAGGUUAAUUAAGAUUCGCUUACUUUCCAGAGUGAUAAACCCACCUUGAUCAUUGGAUCUGAUACAGUUGUUGUAAGUAGAUCUUACAUUUAUGUCAAUUUUUCUUGAAGGACUAACUGCAGAAAAAUCUGCAUCAGGAAGGAAUGAUGGUUUUUAGUUACUCUUCCAUCAGUACAUUAGGUACAUCCCAUAGUCUUCUUUUUCUUGAAAACCGUAAUUGCAUCAAUAACUUUUUUGCAUUGGCAGGUCUUAGAUGAAGUUAUUCUUGAAAAACCAAAAGACAAGGAAAAUGCAUAUUCAAUGUUAAAAAGGUGAAUAAGUUCAUGAUUAUUUUCUUGUCUGAGGUGCCCCACAGGAGGUCUGGGUUUAAAUGGAUGUGCAUUAGUCUUAAGCUGCAAAUCUUUUUAUUUCUCUGUGUAAAUGUAGAGCUGUUUGAAAAUCAAAUAAAAUCAAUGUAUGUCAGACUUUUAAAAAACUUUCCACUUCCCUUCCACAUGGAAAAUUUGGCAUACAUGUCAAAUGCUUAUGUGAAAUAAGCAUGAAGAAUACUUAACAUUUGUGUUUACAUUUAACAUAAUAAGCACUCAAAGACCUGUGUAGGUGCAUCUACUUAUCCAACUUGAUUUUUCUGAUCUUUUGGUGGUAUUUUCAUAACAACUGUACUGGCAUAUUUUUUCAGUUUGAGUGGUAAGGAUCAUGCAGUAUUCAGUGGGGUUACUCUUUUACAAAGAGAGGGUGCCAAAGGUAUUUAUACAAUUAUCUGUGAAAUAUAUCACUAUAGUAGUGCGGCACUGUAAUAGUUGUUUCAUGGGUAAGGCUAUCCAAAACAAUUAUUGUUCAUUUCCCCUUUGCGGCUUUUGACUCAAAAUCUUGGGGCUCGCUUUCCAACAGAAAUGUUUUUAAAAGAGGAAAAGGCCCUUUGCAUAAUGGCAAAAAAAAAUAAAAAAUUUGAACGUAGAAGGAGUUUAACCCUAUAAGUCCACUAGUGACCAAGACAGAAUUUCUCCUUACACUAUCAGUACAACAUCAAGCAGACAAGUAAAGAGAAUAGAGAAAAAUAUCAAUUAUGGGAUUAUUAGUUGAUCCAAUUCCAAAUUCUCCAAACUUACAUCAUAUGAAUUGUAUGGCUGACAGUAAGGAGAAAUACAAAUGAGAUCUUGGGAGUUAAAGGGUUAACCAGAUCCAAGACCAAAUUCUCCAUUUUAGUUGUCUUGUACCAUUCCUGAGGAUCAGUGAGGUCCAUGUGGAGUGUGGGGUAUUCUUCAAAUGGAAAUCAAAAUGCAAAAACUUCCUGAAACAGUCAAAAUUAAACUUGCUAAACUGCUUCAAAUUUUAAUCCUCUUUUCAUAAUCAUAGACUGAUCGGAAGUAAAUUCAUUAACAUAAUAUUGAAUAUAGAAUUAAACUAAUUAACUAAAUUUCUCCUCUUGGAGUGAUUUUCAGGAAGUUGUUGAUAGAUAAAUUUAAUCUUAAGAUAGUUGAGCAGAUUAGUACCUUAUGAGAAAAUUAACUUCUUGUCUUUUAUUGGCUUAAAGAACCCUGCAUAACCCAGUUUUAUGAGGAGACAUUGGUGUCAUUUGGAACAUUAACAGAUGAAGUGAUCCAGGCAUAUAUUGCAACUGGAGAGCCAAUGUGAGUUCUUGGUGAAUUUGUCUGUUUUUUUUUUUUCUUCAAAUUUUUAGAUUUAACUGUAUGUUUUCAUGUAUGCAUAAAUUUUUCACCUGCAUCAAACGCUUGCUAAUUUGGUGAUAAAGGAACUGUUUUGCCAUAAGGAAACGAGGCAACAGAUUUUUUCAGGCAAACUUGCCAUGAUGUGUGGCAAACUAGUUGGGGGUGAACCUGCAGCGAGGUAAUGCCUCGGUCUCGGUCCGUCUUCAGCUUUGAAAGUUUCCACAAAGGUUUUUUUUUCUUCUCAGGGACAAGGCCGGAUCAUAUCCUUGAAUAUACUGUAAUAAUAAUAACAGGGCACAGAUCCUUGCGCAUGUGCUCUCAGACUGUUUAUAUAGGACUGUUUAUAUGGCAGUCCUUGUUUUGUUGGCGAGCCAGUGAAGAACAUUGGCGUUGCACCAAAACUAAGAGCUAGAACGGGCCGUUUUCUUUCUUUUUCUUUCCCCGCUCGUUAGAUAGGAGGCUGGGUGUUUGAGUCGCUGAGGCUCUGAGUCAUGCGACCCAGAAGCCCUGCCUCUGGGACUAAGGCCACUCUAUUUUUCUUCUAUCAGAGUAAAUUUGAAACUUUCCAUGUUUUAUUUGUACUAUUUUCUUCAUUGAUUUUCGCGGCCAAUAAGAAAUAAAUGUUAAAACAGGCAAGAUUCCUUCAGCACGGGAAAGCGCGAGUGACUAAGUUACGAUUGGCUUUAGUUUUUACAUCUGAUUGGCUAAGAGGUUGGUGUGAAUUUUUUUUCUUGACCAAUCACAAAGAGUAUUGAAGUAAAAACCAAAGCUAUACUGGGAUGCUUUCGACACUGUUGAAAAUUGCUCGGUGCAUGUGCUUUGAAAAUCUCACUGUUUUCCUUAACAUCAGUUAAAUAUGGUAUUCAGGGAAUUGGUGGCACACUGGUCAAGUCUAUACAUGGUGACUACUUCAAUGUCAUGGGAUUUCCUCUGUAUCACUUCUGUGUUCAAAUGAGAAAAUUAUAUUCUGAUAAUAGUAGCUAA